AUGGAGUGGCUAAGACUGUCGUCACGAUACUCCAGUAGGUUGCUACAGAAGCAGAUCAAUCUUCAAUUAUAUUUGGGUCAAAGAAGAAAUUUUGUAUUUACAACAUUAGCAACUACUUUAUUUGGGUCAAUUUUAUGGUCAAAAAACAAUGUCUUAGCAUCAAAGAUGGAGAAUGGAGAACUACAUUAUAAUGAUCCAAACAAAAGCAUGACAACAAAAGCAAAUCAAAAACCAACAUUUCAAAGAUCAAAACCAGAUUAUCCUAGUCAUAUUCCAUUAAGUAAUAUCGAAAAAUUUAUGAUGUUUGUAGGUUCAUCAAUUGGAUCGUUUUAUCAUCCAGAAAGAAAUGAAUUUAUUGUUGCUUUGGGGGAAUCCACUGCUAUUGAACCUGUUUUGAAAAGUUUACAAAAGACAAUGUUAAGUGAUCCUGUGGGAAGACAAAUUUUGAAAGAAAGACCAAGAAUCACAAGUACUUCAUUAGAUUUAGAUUAUUUAAGAUCAUUACCUGAUAAUACUAUUGGAAAACAAUACAUAAUAUGGCUAGAUAAAGAAGGAGUAAGUCCAGAUACUAGAGUUGAGGUGAAAUACAUAGAUAAUGAAGAAUUAGCAUAUAUUUUUCAAAGAUAUAGAGAAUGUCAUGAUUUUUAUCAUGCAAUAACUGGAUUACCAAUAAUUAUAGAAGGUGAAAUAUCAGUAAAAAUAUUGGAGUAUUUGAAUAUAGGUAUACCGAUGAGUGGAUUAGGCUCAUUAUUUGCACCACUACGUUUAAAGAAAAGUCAAAGAAAAAGAUUAAGAGAAAUUUAUUAUCCUUGGGCUUUUAAAAAUGGUCUUUAUUCGAAACCAUUAAUUAAUGUAUAUUGGGAAAAGAUAUUGGAAAAGAAUAUUGAUGAAUUUAGAAAAGAAAUGAAAAUUGAACCACCACCAGACUUAAGGGGAUUAAGGAAAGAUUAUUUUGCUGAAAAAAGAAAAGAAAAAGAGUUGAAAAAUCAAAUGAUAUAG